ACUUGCGGUGUUUGUCCGUUUGUCCAUCUAAACCAGUAAACUGACAGUUAAACACAUUGACCUAGGAGGGAAGUGUUGGAGUAAUUGCUACAUUCAGUGUUUGCAGUUAUUGCAUGUUUAGAGAAUUCGCACUUUUUAUGUAAAAUUUUAGUGCACGAUAAUAAUUUAUCGGAUAGUUUCAAUUAUUUUCUCCACUAGUUAAACAUGAGUAACGAUAAUCAGCCAUCCAGUUCAAUGAGUAAAGAGGAGAAUGAUCAGGACAAUGAGGAAACUAUUGUUACUAUGGUAGAUGUCUUGAAGGCCGAAGAGAUAUUAGAAGAAAACGCAGAUGCAGUUUUGGGUCCUGGAGAUGAUAAAAAUUGCACCUAUAAUGAGGGAUAUUUGAAACGGCAAGCUUUAUACUCGUGCUUGACCUGCCUGCCUGCUGACAAGUCAGAGCAUGCCGGAGUCUGCUUGGCCUGCAGCUACCACUGUCAUAGUGACCAUGACUUAGUCGAACUCUAUACUAAAAGAAACUUUCGGUGUGACUGCGGAAACAGCCUUUUCAAUGGGAAGAAGUGCACUUUGGACCCUAUAAAGAGCGAGAUGAAUGAGAACAACAGUUACAACCAGAACUUCCGUGGUGUCUAUUGCUGCUGUCAGAGACCGUACCCGGAUCCAGAGGAUCCUGAAGACGAUGAGAUGAUACAGUGUGUAGUCUGCGAGGAUUGGUUCCAUACAAGGCACCUAGACUCAAGUGUGCCAAAAGAAGACGAUUACGGUGAGAUGAUCUGUGGUACAUGUACUGAUAAGCUGCCAUUCCUUCAGUACUACCUCGGUUAUGCAGUGAGCAAAAUAAUGAACACUGCUGACAAAAAUGAAAGUUCUGAAAACAUAAAUGUUGAUGAUGACUCCCCGGCUGAUACAGUAAAACAGGUGUCUAACAAGAUGUCACCACCCAAGGAGAGUGCUGCUAGCAAAACUUCUGAGACCAGCGUUCCUGUGAAUCAAGAAAAUGGUACCAAUACAGAUAUUAUACACUCAAAAGAUGCUUUGGAAACAAGUGAUAAGCUGCAGAAAACGCAAGAAAAACAUAUUCUUGAAGAUACCAAAGAAAAUGUACCUGAAAAUUCAGUAGUGGAAGAAAAGCAUGAGCUAAUGGAUGUUCCAGAGGAAGAAAAAGCAGUGGGUUCUGAAAUUGCUUCUCCUUCUAAAGAAUCUGAUAAAUGUGAAGAAAAAGAAUGUCUUCUUAAGAAAUUAAAAAUUCUGCCAAGACAAAGUGGAGCGACAUUUUGGCCAGAAGGUUUCAGAAAACUGCUCUGCACGUGCAUUUCGUGUAUGGAAACCUACAAGAAGCACAACGUGUCAUUUCUAACAGAUGAGGAAGACACAGUUCGCUCGUACGAGGACAAGGGCAAGUUACGCAAGAGAGAAGCUGGUCCGACACAGUAUGAGAGAGGCAUGGAGGCUUUGUCCUCACUUGACAGGGUCCAGCAGAUGGAGGCUAUUUUGGGCUACAACGAGAUGAAGACUCACCUGAGCGAGUACUUGGCCAAGUUUGCGGAGAACAAGAAGGUGGUGAGAGAGGAAGAUAUUAAAGAGUUCUUCUCGGGCAUGAAGGCUCGCAAACGUCAGAAACUAGACAUCCCCUACUCCUGUCGUUAGCACAUUCCAUGCUGUGAGUCAGUUUUAUGUUCUUCAAAUUGGAAGUAUUCAUUCAAUGUCAUUAAAGUAUCUGUGAAUAUAUUACUUAAAUAUGAA